GGUAGUGUUGUCUGUGUUAUAGUGGACCCGAUUUCGUCUAGUGGUGUUGCCAGUAUUUUGAAUUAGUGUGUUAGCUGAUGAUGAAUGUUGCUCCAAGGCUGUAAUAUCAACAGUGGCAUAUCAAACAAUAUUUUUGGCACAGAUAUAUCCAGUGCAACUUCCUAAUUGCUAGAUGGUCGAUAUUGUUUGCUAUAGUUGCUAUUAGGAAUUCUGGACUGCUUGCUCACCAUAUGUUUUGUGCGUAUAUAACUUGUUAUUAGGAAUCAGUCACAUCACGGCAUCCACAGCUUCACUAUGAAUCAAAACUAUACAUGCUUUUGCAGGGUGGAACUGGGAUUCCACAUCUUAAGUGGUUCGGGGUGGAGGGGCAGUACAAUGUCAUGGUGAUUGAUCUGCUUGGUCCAAGUCUGAAGGACUUAUUUAACUACUGCAGCAGAAAGUUCUCACUUAAAACAGUACUAAUGCUUGCUGAUCAGAUGAUCAGUGUUGUUUGCUACCUGGCGCGUUGGAGUCCAGCGCGUCUGCCUCCUCCGAUAAACUCAAGUCCAUCGGUCAGGCCGUCGAUGACCACGAUAUUGUCGCUGGUCUCCUCUUGAACCUACAAGAUCGUGGAUUACGUCGAAGCAGAUACAACUUGUCUAUCUGCACCUGGUCUUGGGGUGGAAUUUGGGUCAACACAUGACCAUGUUAUGUGUGCGCUGUUUCAA